AAAUAUGGUAAGAUCGAAUGUCCGUUCCAUACUUCAUUUCCUAGACCGAUAUGAUUUUUGCCUCCUCCCCGUAACGAGAGCGGCAAACGCUGCAAUCCGUCGCGGCGAAGCGUCCAUGGCUCUCCCAGUUCUUCUCUCUUUCUCCACCAACCCCUCGCUCUUUCCCCGAAACCUUAACCCUAAUCCCGUCAUUCCGAACCGCAGAGGAUCUCCAAGUAGAAACCGAUCCCCGGUCAUCGCGAGUUCACUCGAUCCUCCCCGAGAGCCGACGAAACUGGUCACUUUUUUGGGCAAAGGAGGUUCCGGAAAGACCACCGCCGCAGUAGUCGCCGCCCAGUAUUAUGCGAAGGAAGGGUUGCACACAUGCUUGGUGAUACAAUCUCAAGACCCUACAGCAGAACAGCUAAUGGGUUGUAAGAUUGGAACCUCUCCAACUUUAUGCAAUAACAAUCUUUCUGCUGUUAGAUUGGAAACCAGCAAAAUGCUUCUUGAACCUCUUGAUCGAAUGAAGAAAGCUGAUGCCCGUCUGAACUUGACCCAGGGUGUCCUUGAAGGGGUGGUAGGAGAAGAACUGGGGGUUUUACCUGGGAUGGAUUCAAUCUUCUCAGCCUUAACACUACAAAAACUGGUGAAUUUUCUUCCAAGUGAAAGAAGUCUUGGACGUACAGAGUUUGAUAUGAUUGUAUAUGAUGGCAUUGGCAGUGAAGAAACGUUGAGGUUGAUUGGUGCUGCUGAGAGAGUAAGAUGGUAUUUGAAGUAUAUCAGGAACAUGGCUGAGAAGACAGAUAUUGGAAGACUGACAGCUCCUUCAUUCUUGAAACUAGCAUAUGAAUCCAUUAGGUUAAAUGGUGGAACCAGUGAGGGGAAAUCAAGCACAGACAUUUGGAAUAAUAUUGAGCGAACUCUGGAGAAAGUCUCCUGUUCUUUGAGUGACUCUUCAAAGUUCAGAUGCUACCUAGUGAUGGAUCCAAGUAGAUCGGCAUCUGUCAGGUCUGCAUUACGUUAUUGGGGUUGUGCAAUUCAAGCCGGAACAAAGAUCACAGGAGCACUUGGGUUUGCUCCACAAUCUUCUUUGGGGGUGGAAGUUGCUGAUAAGUUCUCCCCCUUGUCUUUUGCACUUGUGCCAUAUCUUUCCACAGAUUCCUUUGUGGAUUGGGAUGCAACCAUCAACUCUCUAGGCAAGAAAACAAAAGAUCUCCUUGGUGCUACAACUGAAAGUCUUCAGUCAUCUGUUCGUUUUGACCCCAGCCAGAAGACUCUGACUCUUUUUAUGCCAGGUUUUGAUAAGUCUGAGAUCAAGCUAUACCAGUAUAGGGGGGGAUCAGAGCUGCUGGUGGAAGCGGGGGACCAGAGACGCAUAAUACAGUUGCCUCAAGGUAUGCAUGGGAAGGUAGGAGGUGCCAAAUUUAUUGACAGAAACGUUUUGGUCACCCUGCGAUAGGUUGUUUGGAACUUAUGCAUGGAAUAAAGAUUUGAACGCAGACCAUCAUAAUGUGUUCUAGUCCACUGGAUUGAGUGGAGGUGAAACAUGGAGAGGAUCAGGGCUCAUAUUUGAAGAGGAAUGCAAUGCCUGAUGGAAGAGCGUAUUGGUCCUUUACAGUUUAACCAUAAGCAAUUCCGCCAAAAUGAAGUUUUAGAUGUGAAGGCCAGUUUAAUCAGAAGCAUUUCAGAUGUGAUAUUAUUGUGAUAUUAUUUGAUGCGGACAUCCGUUAUAAUGUUAUAAGAGUCUGGCUUAAACUCGUCUCGUAGAAUGAAUACAGGAAAAAAUGAUAUAUCAUUGCAACUUGAAAA